UUUGUUGGACCAUUAGCUAUUGCUACUUUAAUUUCUCCUUUUGUACCGAUAAUUAAAUAUUUUGGAUUAAAUAAAAUUUGGAUGUUAUUUGCAGCCCGUACAGCUUUAGGAAUGGCUGUAUUGACUUCUUUUUGUUGUUUCUGCCGUUGUGUUGAAACACGCUUUGGAAAGCGUGUGGCUCUUUACUUGCGACUUUUUACUCUUUCACAAUUCCAUUUUUUGUUUUAUGCAUCUAGACCACUUCCAAAUAUUUUUGCAUUGUUUUUUGUUUUAAUUGUCUAUCAAAAAUGGAUUGAAAACAGAAUUAUUCCGUUCACUUUCUGGUCAACAAUAGCAAUAUUUUUGUUCCGUUUUGAAUUAAUUUUAUUAUUUGGUCCAAUGUUUGGUUAUUUUAUUGUUACAAAAUUUAAAAGGAUUUUGACUGUUGGAUAUGUUGGAUUUGUUACACUUUUCUUUGUUUUGUGUAAGAAUUUUAAGAAAUUUUCAGAAAAUUUUUUUAACGUUGAAGGUACUUCUGUCCCUUUUGACUCAUUUAUGUGGGGAAGACCAGUUUGGCCUGAAUUGGAAGUUAUGGAAUUUAAUAUCGUUAAAAAUAAAAGCCAUGAAUAUGGGGUAAUGCCAUUUUGGUGGUAUUUUACUUCAGCAAUUCCUCGUGCUUUACUUUUAACAACUUUAUUAGUUCCUCUAUCUAUUUUUGCUUGUCAAAAAAAUCAACGUUUAAUAAUUCAAACAAUAAUUCCGGCAUGUAUAUUUUUGUUUUUAUUUUCUUUUUUGCCACAUAAAGAAUUGAGAUUUGUUAUUUAUGUUAUUCCUUUAAUGAAUUUAUCUGCUGCUUUCUUUUGUGAUUAUGUAUGGAGACGUACCAGUACUUUUUAUUCAAUAAUUUCGCCAUUUAUAAUUUUUCAUAUAUUCAUAAAUUGUUUAUUGACUAGCCAAUUUGUGAAUGUUAGCGUUAAAAAUUAUCCUGGUGCUGAUGCUCUUGUAAAUCUUCAGUCAAUAAAUAAAGAAAUGGGUACAGAACACGUAUCUGUUCACAUUGACAAUUAUUGUGCUGAAACUGGAAUUAGCAGAUUUGUACAAUUAUAUGAUGCGUGGGAAUAUAACAAAACAGAAAAUCUGUCACCUAAAGAAUUACAACGUUUUGACUUUCUCAUGUUUGGAAUUGACAACAAAAAUGCAUUUUUAAACGACUCGAAGAACUACAACAUGACUAUUAAACAUGAAGAAUAUUUAAUUAUUGAUGGGUUUGAUAAGAUUUCGUGGCAAGAAUUUCCUUUUCCUCCAUGGUGGCCUAAAAUCUUUUCAAGUGUGCCUUAUCCAACGUUUAAUCCAAAAGUUGUUGUCUUGAGACGGAUUCAAACUUAA